AAUUUGAUGUUAAAAUUUACUUUUGAUUACCACUUCAAAAUUUAAAUAAAUAUUAAAGUUUUACACAUGUAACACCAUUGAUAAGAAUAGUUCAUUUUUAUUCAAGGAUUCGGCCAUAUGUUUUUAGUUAAUGAUAAAGAUAACUAGUUUUUCAAAAUUGAAACGCAUCAUGACAAGCAAUUAAUAAUUUAAAAGAUAUUUUUGUUUUUAUAGCAUACUAGAAUGAGUGCUGAAGGCCCAGUGGAUUUCUGUCCAAAACCGAAACCGAAAGUUGAAGAAGCUGAACAACCCAAGAAGAGACCAUGUAAAAUAAUAAGGCCAGAUUACUGUCCCCCCAUUCCAGAUCCUGAUCCUUGUGAAGGACCAUUUCUGUUCGACUAUACUCCAGAACAACCAUCAAGAGGACCACCACAAUUCCCUGAAGAAAUAUUUGCAUGGCAGUGGAAAAGAUGUUUGAAUGACCUGAUGUGGAAAUUAGGUUGUGGGAUUUUUCUGGGAUAUCUUGGAUCCAAGCUCAUCUUUCAAAAAAAGAAAUGGCCUACCAUUAUCGGCGCGGGCAUUGGUAUAGGUUGGGCCUCUGAAAAUUGUGAGAGGGAACUCCGAUCUUGCUUCAGUUCAAAUUGAGAAAAUGGACUGCUGUUGGUUCGGAACUGUAAUAAAGUGUGAUUUUAAUCAACUCA